AGUGCUGGGAGGGUCAGAUUUCCGAGUGAGGACUUGACCUCACGGGUGGAAGCACCCUGAUCUGCUCGCAGAGCAGCCACAUCGCCGGCUACCCCAAUUCCUGCUGCCAGAAUCAGCCAUGCUCAGCAAUCAGACGCCUUUCUUCUUCCCCAUGGUCCACUUCGUCCUCUUUGUCUUCACGGCUUCCACCAUAUUUCACAUUCAGCAACGGCUAGCGAAGAUUCGCCCCACAUGGGACAUUGACGCGCUGGUUUUGGCGACGGAAAGUCCCACGAGCCAGCUGCCCCGGGGCAUGUGGACGAUCAACGCCAUUGGCCGCCUUGGGAACCAGAUGGGCGAGUACGCCACCCUGUACGCCCUGGCCAAGAUGAACGGGCGGCCGGCCUUCAUCCCGGCCGAGAUGCACAGCACGCUGGCCCCCAUCUUCCGGAUCAGCCUCCCGGUCCUGCACGGCAGCACGGCCGGCCGCAUCCCCUGGCAGAACUACCACCUGAACGACUGGAUGGAGGAGCGCUACCGCCACAUCCCCGGGGAGUACGUGCGCCUCACCGGCUACCCCUGCUCCUGGACCUUCUACCACCACCUGCGAGACGAGAUCCUGCAGGAGUUCACCUUGCACGACCACGUGAGGGAGGACGCCCAGAAAUUUCUAAGGGGCCUGCAGGUGAAUGGGAGACAGCCAAGCACCUUUGUGGGAGUCCACGUGCGCCGGGGGGACUACGUGCACGUCAUGCCGCAGGUGUGGAAGGGCGUGGUCGCUGACCGGCGGUACCUGGAGCAGGCCCUGGCCUGGUUCCGGGCCCGCUACGACUCCCCCGUCUUUGUGGUCUCCAGCAAUGGCAUGACCUGGUGUCGGGAGAACAUCGACGCCUCCCUGGGGGACGUGGUGUUCGCGGGCAAUGGCAUCGAGAACUCCCCUGCCAAGGACUUUGCGCUGCUCACGCAGUGUAACCACACCAUCAUGACCAUUGGGACAUUUGGAAUCUGGGCUGCCUACCUCGCGGGUGGCGAGACCAUCUACCUAGCCAAUUACACCCUGCCGGACUCCCCCUUCCUCAAACUCUUUAAGCCAGAGGCAGCUUUCCUGCCUGAGUGGAUUGGGAUCCAGGCAGACCUCUCCCCACUACUCAAGCACUGAUAUUAGGCGGCCCUUGGCCCCUCCUCCUUUGCUGGCUCCAAGAGCAGAUCCCCAAGGCACAGGGAACAUAUUGUUACAUGUACCAGGACACUUCCUUCCUGCAUCAAAAGUCACUGACUUGCUGAAUUAACCUAUUUAUGUGUCCUCUACAACAGGACCCAAAGUUGGGGCAUCUCUGGGGUUAGUUAAGUCAGCAGCACAGCAGUGUCAUCGGUGACCCCUGUUCCAUCUCUCGUGUUCAACUGCUGUCAACUCCUCUCAGACUGGCUCCCUCAUGGUCCCAAAAGGGCUGCCACAUAACCGGGUGUCACAUACAGACAGCCUCGUCAUGAGGCAGCAAAAAGAGCUUCAUUCUUGGGACCCUUUUGAAGAAUGAGAGAAAGAUUUCAAAGCCCUCCAGCAAUUUCCACCCUGCCCUCCCAGCCCCUGCAUAGCUCAUUGACCGGAAGUGUGUUAAGCGCCCACCUGACCCAUUAGAGGGCAAAGUGAAGAAGACCCUGGGAUUGGUUUAGCUUCGGAUCAAUAAAUCUUUGCUCUCUCCAGCUGGGGAGUUGAUCGCCUCCUCUGGAAGACAUGGAGGCUUGCAGAAAGAGAACAGGUGCUCCUAACGAGAAAGAAGAUGCAACACAAAACGGAGAAUCCCUGAAUUGUGUGCGUUGUUUGCUGCACAAAGGCAUUUGGCCAAGGGGGUUGAUGGAGCUCUGGGAGAUUCAACAGCCUACUCUCCAAGCCACGUGUCCCUGGUACCGUGUCCACCCGGAGGGCUCACUGUUUUCUAGUGCAUCUGCCCAGACUUGAGACCUUUUCCCCAGUUUUCCCAAGAGUGCCGCCCUACUGGCCAGUAGCUGGUGUGCUUCUAAGACCUCCCGCCCCAAUUUUGCAACCCUGGCUUCCUAGGGCUUAGGAUGAUUCCUGGUGAGAACCCAGAACCCAGCAGGGCUCAGUGAACUUGAAGAGUCUGUUCUUUUUAAGUGUCUGUGGUGGUGCAUCUAACAGCAUCCUUGCUAGCAAAGGUUGGAUUAACAAAACAUAGUGGCUUGAAGUUACAGCAAUUUAGGAUUUCCCACAAUCUUGUGGGUCAGCUGGGGGCUCUCUUCUCCAUGCGGUGUUGGUGGAGGCCUCAUGCCUCUGUUGUUUUUGUGGAGUACAGUUCCCCUCAGUUGUCAACAUCAUGAAAGCAGCCUCCAUGCUAUGAGGAAGCCCAGCCCCACUCUGGGGCCACGGGUGGGUGCUCCAAUCAGCAGUCUUAGCUGAGGUCAAUUUCCGAGUUCAGGGUGGGCAUCAGAUGUGCUGCCACAUGUCGUUCAAGUCAGUCUAGCAACCAGCUGAGGUUCCUGACAAUGUGUGGCAGAGAGCAGCCCUAUCUUGAUUCUUGAUUCAGUCUGUGAGCAUAACAAUACAAUUGUUCAAUGCUGUGAA